UAUCAUAGUGUAAAACUGGCUGUCGCGGUUCAAACAAUUUCACAUUAGAGACAUGCAUGGAAGUAUGGCUAUUACUCUAUUGGAAGCAAUUAAAAAUGGUGAUCAGGACACUGCAAAACGGAUUUUACUGCAAAAGAGAUAUACUUAUUUAGAUAGACAAUCUUCAAAGAAAGACGGAACGGCUUUAUUUUGGUCGUGUUGUCGCGGUUAUUUAGAUAUUGUGCAUCUACUUUUACUGCAUGGGGCGGAUGUUAACAUGAGCACGGCAUGGGGUGCGACUCCUCUCCACGCAAGCGCAGAUCAUAAUCAUGUCGAUAUACUCAUACUAUUACUAAAAUACGGGGCAAACGUUAAUCAGCAGACGACAAAUGGUGACACACCCAGUCAUCUAGCGUCAUACCGAGGCUACGCAGAAUGUGUUCAAAGACUAGCAGAGCGGGGAGCCAAUGUGGAAAUACGAAAUAACAAACGACACACGCCUAUACAGGAGGCGUAUAUGCGAGGGCAUUACGAAAUUUACAGAUACCUUCUAAGUGUUCAAAAACUAGUCAACAACAAUCAACCAGGUCUUUCAACGACAAAAGUCAAACCAUAUCCUAACGAGAUGAAGAAGUUUGCCCCGCCACCGUCCUCUGAUGAUUAUUACGGAUGGCCAUCCGUACAAAGCACCACAUCCGGUUCAGAGAUACGUCUUUCCUCUUCUAUACCACGUGACAGUUUCACUGUGACCAAGUCAAAUUCAUCAUGUAUGGACCAAAAUACAACAAGUGAUAAGAAAAUACGGAAUAGUGUGAAUGGAGUUUUAAGAGUUCGUGAGUUUAACCGAGAGGGAUCACUGGAUGGUAAUUCACUUGUCAAUGAUGAUUCAUUGUUUCUAAAUGACCUUUCAUCCGUGGAACAUUCUGACAUAACACCGCCAAAAGUCCCAGAAAGAAAGUGCCUGUCAUUUAAAAAUAUAUAGAGUUUAUUUAUGAAAGCUCGUUACAUUUUUUUCUGGUUGGUGUAGUAAAACGUUGUACGUCAUACACAUCACUUACGUAUGGCUCCGCCAAGUACAUCUGUCCCGGUCCGGAUAGUCCAGGAGUCGUGUUUGCAAACAUUCUUGCGUCAGUUACCAAUAUACACUUACUAGCAGUGUUUAUUUAAUUUAACGUUUAUACAUAGUUCGGACUGAUGCAGCUUAUGUCACAUAGAUGUUGAAAUUGCAUGGCAUUACAUUUAAUAGCAUGACAUAACAUUGCGUGGCAUGACAUAUUGUAUAUACAUCGAAAAUAGCAGCCAGUGACACACCCUGUUCCGUCUGGAGCCUUAAAACAGCAUUCCUAUCCAGAGGUUCGACACAGUCACGGGUGCUGUAGACAUCGGUCAUUUUGCCAGAAAACGAAGUGCGAAACAUGUGUUAUUUCCAUAUACAUUACUAGCACAAGGGAAAAUUGUACACGCGUCCCUUGGCAAAACCUUCUAGGACAAGUCUGUCAUGGAGAUGAACACUGUUUUCUAAGAGACACACAACUAUUAGCUUAUGGCUGGUAUAUAUUAUUUUUUCAUAUAUCUGGUUAUAUACAUGUUUGUGUUUUCAUUAGUUAUUUUUAUAAACACGCGCAGUCAAAUUCGAGUCGCUUUUAAAAAAUUUACAACUCUGAUAAUUUUUUGUCCUACUACAUUGAUUAUUUUUGUGAAACUAGUCAGUCGGUGCGCAUAAUAUAUAACUAACCUUAUGUACUUACACUUUAAGCUGCCCAUUCAUAAGAAUAUUGCUAUCUUUCUUGUAAAGCUAGUGGACAUGUGAUGGCAAUCGGCAGUUUCCGUUUAUAUCCUACGGGAACGAUUCUGGCGUUUCCCGAAGAAUGCGCGGAAAUCGCCGAAUGUCAUACGGAUCCAUUUCCUUUAACGUGUCUAAACUAUUUUUUUUGUGUGUGUAUAUUUCAAAGGACGAAAAUAUGUUGUAAAUUGACAUUUAAACAUUUUGUUCAUGAUGUUUAAUGAAAACUGUUACAUCAGAAAAAAAAACUUUUACAAUUGUAACAUUUUCGAGGCUGUGUUGUUGCACAUUUGAGGUGUUUAAUUCUCGUCUUACUCAAUUGUUAUUCACCAGACAAGUGUAAUUACAUUCGUAUGGCUUGAACCCUUGGUAAAGUCAUUAUUGACAACAUUUCAAACGGUUUUGAUUUGUUGAUGGUAUAAGGAAAUAGCGGGAUUGCUGGCCCUCGGCAAAUAAAAGUAUUCAGGUUAUAUAGAAUGUUGUGUCAUUUAUUACAUCUAUUUAAUAAUUUUUCCAAUGUGACCUUUAAUGAUAUUUAAAAAUCAGAAAGUAAUUGAAACGAUUUUAUCAAAAGGUAAUUAAUACUUAACGUUUAUUCAGGUUUAUAACUUAGUCAUUUAGGCAGUAUGAUUUGAAGAAAACAAGUUUGCCCUCUAGUACUUGUAAUUUUAUUUAAAUUAGGAUUUUAUAUAGGGAACGUUGUAUUGCUUGAUACUUAAAGGACAAGUAGAGAUAUGUUAGCUGUUUUGCAGAGAUUUUGCAUCAACAAAUUGUAAAAUAAAACAUGGUGAGAUAUUUGAUGUAAGGAACUUGCCAUGUUUUGUCUUGUUAAGUUUUGUCAGUGAUUAUAAAUAGGUAUAUAUUUUUGAAGUAGCGCCGUAAGACAUGUUUUCAAUAACUUAUAAUUAAAAAUGCGAAAAUACACUCCAUACAAAAGACACGGUCGGACGUAUGGACGGACGCCCCCACGUUUUGGUAUAAGACUGUUACUUAAGGAACAAAAAGACUUUAAGUGGUUACGGAAUGAAUACAAUGGAUUUCUGUUGUCCUAUGCCACACCUCCUAUCACAUAAGGGACCAAUCAUGCGCUCGGACAGACAUACGGAUGGAUGUACGGACACAGCUUCAUCAAUAAAUGAAUAAAAAUAUUAUAUUUAUUUCCUAGAGCAUAAACAUUUUAUGUAAAAAAAUGCUUAACAUGUAUAUAAUAAUGUAUAUUUUUUUUUAACAAAAGAUCAACGUUUUUUUUAAUUUUCAGCGGUCCUUUAGAUUACAAAUUCAAUGGCCAGUAUUGAAUGUUUUUGUAAUUGUUUAAUGUAACAUGUACUGUUGUUAAAUUCGUGGACUUUGAUUCUCUUUAGACAUCUUCCACCAUCCAAGUUAGAAAUUCAGAUUUAGAUUUAAAAAAAAAAGUCAUUUUAGAUAGAUAUAUGAAAUAAAUCUGAGAAAAAAACCAGGAACUUUUGCCUUUUAAAAUCACUGAGGCAAAAACGUAAAUGUAUGUUCUAGAACGGUGAAUUGAACUUAGCGGUCAUCGUUUUAUAGUGAUUUAUCAUAUGAAAGACAGCAUUUGUCUUAAAAACUUUAAACUGUUUUUUUCUUAAGAAGAAUAGGGGUUGUUGAUGUUAUCAUAUUACCAUAAAGAAAUCUCCCUUGUUGAUGUGUUAUGUAACACAUGUUACUAUCGUUAUAGAGUGGCUGCAGCAAAAAAACUGCACUCAUUACCCCUUCCCACCCAAAUGGAUUUUUAUGUUAAAUUGUUAGGAUCUGACGCGUAUUGAAAGCGAGCUAUAUUUUCUAAAUUUAUGUAACUUGAAUUUUACUUGCUAUUUGGGUUUAUUAUGCUGGUGGGGUACUAUUUUCGAAAAUGAGUUCGAAACCGUAAUUCUUACACUAAAAUACUGUGAUUUCACGGUUGAUGUGAACACGUAAUGACUUUGCAUAUUGUUCAUAAUAAAAAAUAUGUUGUGUGUGUUGAUUGUAAAAUUGUUGUUAAGUUGUUGUUAGUAAAUAAUAUUGUUGUAUAUUGAAUGUAAAAUUGUUGUUACUUACUACCUUACAGUCGUUCAUCAUUGUUAAUCUGUGAUCAUUUUUAAUUUUAUGAGUUAUUAAAAAUAUAAAAGAAA